AUGCAAGAACUAAACAUCCAGAAAGGGUCACUUCUCGCAGAACGAUUUUGCGUUAAUGCACUUGUAGGCAAAGGGACUUUUGGAAGAGUUUAUUCCGCUGUGGAUUCACAAACCAACAAAGAAGUCGCAGUAAAAAUUGAGACAAAAAAAGGAAAGCACAGCCAGCUUCUAAACGAGGUAAAAAUCCUCCAGAAGCUCAAAGGCGUCACUGGGGUCCCAAAAUACCUCUAUUCCUCCAAAGACGGUGACUAUGGCUUGCUCGCAAUGGAGCUAUUAGGAGAAAGCAUCAGAUCGAAAUUCGCUAGAUUCAAUAAAACGUUUUCUUUAAAAACAGUGCUACUAGUAUCAGAAGAAAUGCUGGAAAGGAUAAGGACUUUGCAUGAGUAUCACUAUAUACAUAGAGACAUCAAGCCGCAGCAGUUUAUUACUUCUUACAAUGACGUAGAAAAUACUAUUUAUUUGGUAGACUAUGGACUGGCAAAAAAAUAUGUAAAUAAAUCAGGGGUUCAUGCAGCUUAUGCUGAAAAUCGUUCAUUUGUAGGGACUUACCAUUAUGCAUCGGUUAAUUGUCAUGUGGGAAUUCAGCAAGGGCGAAGGGAUGACUUGGAGUCUAUGUGCUAUUCUAUUGCGUUUUUGCUUAAUGGAGACUUGCCUUGAGUUUCCCGAAAUAAAAAAAAAUAUUCGCAAACAAAAAUUCGGAAAAUAAAAGCUAGAACUUCUCCAGCAAAGCUUAUGAAAGGCUUCCCACCUGAAUUCUGUGAGCUGCUAAAAUAUGUAAGAGGGCUUAACUUUGACACAGAGCCUGAUUACAACUAUAUGAAAGGGCUUUUAUCCUCAAUCAAGCUAAAAAUCAACAUGGCAGAAGCAAUUUUUGAUUGAAAUUUACCACUCAGAGAGAUGACAAAAACAGAGACUUUAAUGAUUAAAACACGGACAAUAGAAAAGGAGUCAAAAAGUAAAGAAGGGGACACUAGAUUUAGGACUUUGAGUUCUCUUUUCCAUGAAGAGCUAUCAUCAGAAAGCUCAAGAACUGUUGAAAAGCUUAAUCUUCCUAAGUUACUCAAUAGAGAAAUUCUUCCUAAUUCCACCCCCUCCUUGAGCGAGCAAAACCAUUAGAAAAUCCCUAUUUUUGAACAAAAAUUUUUUAUGGAAAAAAUUUUGAUAUAUAAGUGAUAAUUAUUAUAAUGAAAUCUCUAACGAAAUCUUUUUAAUUUAAACAAAAUGAGUUUAAAAUAUAAAUUUUACAAAUUAAAUUAAAAUUUAUUUUCCAAUUUUUGCGAAAUGGGAUUUUUUAAUAUUUUGAAAACAAAAAAUUCUAUAUAUCAAUUUUUUUAAAAAAAAAUUAACCCUUUUCAUGAGCGAACAAAAUUUUUUUGUUCGCUCGCCGAGGGGGAGUAAGCAUUCUUGCAAAGGACUUUCGGAGUCCAAAACUUUGCCAAUGUCUUUUCUGUUCGCAAAGAAAGCUCAAAAGAGCUACUGUAAGGAAAAUUUGGUUAGGAUGAGAUCCACUAGUGCUGAGAUAGAGAAAUCUGAGUGUCUGCAAAAAUCGAAUUGUGUUGUAUUCUAA